GUCGACCCUUCUGCCGCGGCGCGCCAUGCAGACGCUGCCAGCAGCCCGGGCGUCCGUCCUGAGGAGCAUUCGCAGCUCGUCCCAGCGGGCCGGCUCUGUGGUGGCGGGCGGGACCGUCCACGCGGCGAACGCACCGUCGCACGUGGCAGGCUCGGACAGGCCCUUCUCGGAGCUGAAGGCCACGAGGCUGGCGCACACGGUGCACCUCGGGCGCCACCGCGCCAUCAACCUGGCGGCCGGCGCCGCCGCUCUGCCGCUGGAGGUGCUGGAGCGCGCGGAGAAGCAGUUCGUCGAGACGGACGGCAGCGGCAUGAGCGUGACGGAGAUGGGCUACAGGACCAAGCCGUUCCACGCCAUCAUGGAGAGGGCCGAGAGCAGCUUGAGGACGACGCUGCUGGAAAUCCCGGACACUCACGAGGUGCAUUUCUUCAACGGGGGCGCGACGCUACAGUUUUCCGCCAUCCCCCUCAACCUGCUCGGCGGGGAGAACGAGGGGAAGAGCGCGAACUAUCUGAUGAGCGGCCACUGGAGCGAGAAGGCACGCAACGAGGCAAGGCUGUUCGGGAGGGUGACGGAGGUUGGCGUGGACCCGCAGGGGCUCUACUUCGAUCUGCCCUCCUCGAGCACGUGGGAGUUGGACCGGGACGCGGCGUAUUUUCACUACACCUCGGCCGACACCAGGCAGGGCCUGGAGGUCCGGGAGUUCGACUUCGACGCCGUGCCGCGGGGCAUGCCGGUGUGCUGCGACGCGUCGGCCAACCUCGGCAGUUAUCCGCUGGACGUUUCCAAGUACGGGGUGCUGUACGCGGCGUCCCACAAGAAUUUCUCCACCUCCGGGAUCUGCUACACGAUCAUCCGGAAGGACCUGAUCUCCGAGCGCGCGCAGAUGAAGGCGAUGCCUACCAUGUGCAAUUGGGUGACCUUCCAGAAUGCGCCCAACAAGAUCUACAACGUCCCCGUGCUGGUCUCCGUGUGGCUCGGCGCGCUGAACACGGAGUGGAUGAUCGAGCGGGGAGGGACGCCGUAUUUCGAGGACUUGGCGAUCCGCCGAUCAAAUUUGCUCUACGACCUGAUCGACAAUUCCCACGGCUUCUACCGCACCUUCGUAAACAACCAGAAGAUGCGUUCCCGGAUGCAGGUGGUCUUCACGAUCGGGUCGGGCGCUGGCGAGGACCACGAAUUGGUGGAGAAGUUUCUGUCGGAGGCCAACGACGAGCUCGGAUGGCUGGAUAUCCGCUCGCACCCCUUGGGGCUUCCAUCCGACGCCAUCCGCGUGACGAUGUACAACCACCAGACUGAGGACGCGGUGAAGGUUGUCCGGGAGUUUAUGCACGAGUUCCAGAAGCGGCACCACAUCGGGGGCGUUGAUGACCAGCCCCUCGACGCACCCAGGCAAGGUCAAGCAGUCGCUUAUGCGUAG